AUGUCGGGCCCUUUAUCUCCGCCACAUCAUCACUCGGAUGAACGACAUGUCACCGAAACAAGCGCUCUUCUGUCGCCAGAUCUAGGUGUAGCAAUUCCAGGAACAGAAAGCAAUGGAGGAUACCAGUCCACAGCCUCGAACCCAACUGAGACCUCGGACGAUGGCCAUAUUGCAGCGAACCAGUCGCUCUCCCGCACGCGUGCAAUCAGCGCCGCAUUCUUCUUAGGUUGUCUGAUAUUCCUACAGGCGGUAAACAUCAGCCUUCUCACAACCACUCAAAGUGUCAUUGCCAAUGAUCUCGAUGCGUUCGAGAAGACCUCAUGGUUCACCUCAGCCUAUUUGAUCCCAAUGUCAGCUCUGGGCCCGUUGAUGGGAAAGCUGAGUUCCGUGUUCUCGCCAAGGCAUUGCAUCCUCGUCUCUGCGGUGAUCAUGGCCAUUGGGUCUUUGCUAUCUGCAUUUGCACGCACUUUCGAAGCAUUCAUUGUUGGGAGGGCUGUUGCUGGUGUUGGUGCUUCGGGUGUCUUUACGGUAUCGAUCAUCAUCGUACUGGAACUCACAGGAGCACAGCGAAGAGGGUUGGGUAUCGGGCUUCUAAACUCUGGUUAUACCAUCGGCGUUGCAAUCGGCGCCUUUGCUGCAGGCGCACUUCUGCCAAUCACUGGUUGGCGAAGUCUCUUCUGGAUGCAAAGCCCUUUGGCUUUGGUCGCUGGGUCYGCUCUUUAUUUCACCAUUCCGGCGUCGUUCACCUCCAGCAGUACUGUUUCCUCGAGUAAAAGUACAUGGCAUCGUCUUCGUUGCCUUGACUAUCUUGGCGCCUUGACGUUGACCACGACUCUUGUCCUUCUCUUGUACGCCUUGUCGGCUCCAAAAAAGAUUCCGAUCCUUCCUCUCCUUCUGGCUCUCCUCACCGCAGCGACAUUCAUACUCAACGAAGUCUACCUUGCGUCGGAUCCUGUCAUACCAAUAUCGCUCCUGAGAUCACGGGGACUCCUCCUGAGCUGUCUCGGCACGGUCGGCUUCAUGAUGUCACGUUGGAGUGUAUUAUUCUUCACGCCAACAUAUGCCAUAGCCAUAAAACAAUGGGCUCCGUCGUCAGCAGGCGGCCUGCUGAUUCCGACCAACCUGGGCUUUGCUGUCGGCGGACUAUUGAUCGGUUGGGUGCACAUUCGCCGUCAAGGAAGCUUCUAUCUUCCGACUUUGAUCACAUAUGCACUGUUCCCGAUAACGCUCCUUCUGCUUGCUUUAUUGACGAGAGGCGAUUCGUCCACGGUGUUGUUCAUUGCAGUUCUAUUUCUCAGCGGUCUUGUCACUGGAGCGGCUUUGAAUUACGGAAUGGCCCACGUCCUUCACCUCACGCCGAAAGAGACGCACUACGUUGCAACCGCAUUGUUGGCCACUUUUCGCGGCUUCGCAGGUUCAUUCGGUUCUGCCAUUGGCGGCGGACUCUUCACGAGGACUCUCAAUGACAGACUCACUACUCAUUUCGCCGAGCGUGGAAUUACGAACGACGCCCUCGUACGAAAGCUCCUAGGCUCUCCGGCAUUGGUAGCAUCACUCAGCGGCAAGGAGCGUGAAAUUGCGGUGACAAGUUACGAAGAAUCGCUCAAGGUUCUUUGGUUGGCUAUGGCUGGAGUGGCAGUACUGAUGGUGUUUGUCCAAGCCGGGACAGGCUGGAAAGGGCACCGGCAGGACAAGACGCUGACAACUGUGGAGAGCGAUGUGCUACCAUCAGAGUAG